GUCGCACUGGGGAAAACUUUGAUUGAGUGGCAAAGAAACUGUUGGGCAAGGUGUGAAAAACUGAAACCAAUUUAAAAAGUUGGCUAACCAUAUGUAGAGCACUGCUGAGGAAUGCAAACAGAAAACAGAAAGCAGGAGGCGACGCAGUCAAAGCUGACAGCACACAACACAACAACAAACAACAAGGAAACAAACAAACAAAGCGAAGAAACUUUUCACACACGACAAACACGACAGAUAAACACUUCACAGGACCAAGGAUGAACUUGGGCGCGCUUGCCAGAUCCCUGAGCAAUAGUCUGAGAUUUGGUGUGGGCUCCAAGAAGCAUUUGGAGACGUCAUCACGAGAAUCAAACGAACCGGAACCGACACCAUCAACGUCAUCAGAAUCAUCGCCCGAUGUCAACGACCUUAAUCAAAGGUGUCUCCCAAACGCCGUAAAUGAGAUCAAUCAGCGCCGUCAGCCGUAUAAACAUACGGUCGAGCAAAUCCUACAGAAGGUCAGUGAACUUGAGCAUACACUCUACGAGGAUCAGCAGCAGGAGUUCAAGCUUCGCAUGGCUUUGGAACGCCAAACCGAGCAGAUACACGAUCUCAACUUUUCACUGGACACGGAAAAGGAACGAAAUGAGCGAUUGGUGCAGUUGCUCCGUGGAAUUGACACCGACUCCUGCAGCGACAGUGAGCCCGAGGCACAAAUGCUGAACGACAUAAGGGUGCAAUCGAAAGGUGAACUCUUUGGUUCGAUAAGCCCGCUGCUCAUGCAGCAACGAUACGACGAACUCUCCGCCUCGCAUCGUCAAACCCAUCGUCAGUUGGCCAAGAAAGAGAAGGCCAUAAAGUUGCUGAGAUGCGAUUUGGAAGAGUUGCGUGGCAAACAUGAUUCAGUGCUCGAUGAAUUUCGGAAUGAGCAGCGGCGUCUGGAAACACUCUGUAAACGAUAUCUGCACAUGCAGCAUAAGAAGAAGCAGCAGAUCUGCAUUCUCAAGGAAACUCUGGGAUAUGCCAGCGAAUGCAUUUUGCAUGCUCAGGUUGCCAUUGAAAGCUGCAAACCUGACAACGGCAUCGAUGAUAAACAUUUAAGAACGUUCAAUUUGAAAUUAGAGCUUUUUAUGCGUGCGCUACGCAAUUGUUGCUGCAUGCGAAAGCUUCAGGAGUUGCAACAACAACAGGGACUGGACGUUGACGAGGAACUGCUGCAGCAACGACUGGACAGCAGCUCAGUGUCGCCAUCUGCCAGCGGCAGCUCGAACUGCACAUCAAUAACGCCAUCAACGAAACGACGCCAACGAAAACGUCAUAAGCGUUAAAAACUUGCAUUAAUUUAACUAAUUUAAUUAUCUU